CUGGCAACUUCCGCCAUGAUUGUUUUUAGUUUACAAGAUGGCGGAUCUCGUCUUCACUGCGGUACCCGAUAAACAUUAGCUAAACCUUGUCAUGGAUAGAAAUUAAGAAUAAAUUGUCACAGAUAAGAACAGAGGAAGACAUAAACAAGCAAAAUGCCUACUGCUGAAGUAGCCCAGCAGAUGACCCCAUCAACAUAUGGCAACAUCGGGAAGGUGAAAACAGACCUUCUUCCUACGGGGGUGGCACCCACUGGCAGGGUCAACAAGAAUGGACUGGAAGUUACAGAACAGCUGUUGUGGCAGGGCUGGGAACCUGGGAGGGAGUACACCAAGAAUAUUGUCCUCAAGAAUGUGCAGAUCAAAACACAAAAGCUUAGAUACAAAGUGCCAAGUUCCCGUUUUUUCAGCACUGUGUACCCAAAGCCUAUUGUGCUGAGUGCUGGCACUAGUUUCACACUCCCCAUCACAUUCAGACCGCUGGAGAAAAAACAGUAUGAGGACCAGAUUCAGUUCAGGACAAAGGACGGGGAUUUUGAUAUUCGUAUCAAAGCUAUUCUACCACAGACUGUCAUUCAAAGCCCGGAACGUCUGGACUUUGACAUGUGUGCCUCCAAGGACUUUGUGGACAUGACAUUUGAUGUUGUCAACACUGGAGAUGUAGAAACCAGCAUUCAGUGGGAGGUGAAGGAGCCAUUUGUCAUCGAGCCGACAGAAGCCAACCUCCCUGUCCGAUCCUCCUGUCAGUUCAAGGUCACGUUCAAACCAGAGGGAGCCACGGUCUAUGAAGCUGAAGCCUUAUGCAAGUACGGAGUCGAUGGAACCUUGUCGAUAGUUACAAAACUGAAGGGAAUUGGUAAAUAUCCCCACCUGCUGGUGUCAAGCCCAGGUAAGCCUGCCAGCAACCUCAACAGAGACAACCUGGAGGCUGCAGUUCAUUUUGGGAAGACGCCAGUGGGUUCUGCCAUAACAAAGUGGGUGGAGCUUCACAAUCUGUCUCCAGUGCGGGCUCCAUUCCGUGUAGAACACCCCACUGGUGUCAGCAGGAUUGACACCGUGUUCCACUGUCCACAGAAGAUGGGCAUUGUUCCUCCCAUGGCAUCUGUCAGAAUACCGUUGAUGUUCAGCCCCAACACAGUUGACACAACCAGCAUUGACUACUUCAACAUCGCUGCUGUUGGCAACAUCAGCAAGAGCAUUGUCAAGUGCAUGGGUUCCUCCAAAGGUCCAACAGUACAACUCAGCUGCAACAUCAUCAACUUCAUGGAGGUUGAUGUGGAUCAGACUGGGACUCGCACCGUGGACAUCGUCAACAGUAGUGAUGUGGAGGCAGUGUACCAGUUUAUGAUCGACUGUGAUGAGAGCGUGUUCAAGUUCCAGUACAUGUCGGGUGUCCUCCAACCCAACUCUCAGCAGACCGUCAUCCUCCAGUUCACGCCCAGCCACCCCAUCAACUACUACAGGAGGGUGACCUGCCUCAUCCACAACCAGGGUCCUCUGUUCCUGGACAUCCUCGGCACAUGUCACUCCGAGAUGGUCAAGCCAGCGGUCCUGCUGAAGAAACAUCUUGACCGCUUCAAGAUGCAUGUGGAAAGAGGCUUCUCCAUGUACUCCCCAGAGCAACUGAAUGAGCUGCUGAGAGAAGGCAAGCUGGAGACUGACGAGGAAGGGGCCAUCAGGAUAGCCCAGCGGACCAGAGUGACACUUUUACUGCCUGACAUGACGGAGCCAGUCGAGAUGAAGGAGAAAGAAGCACUGUCACCCAGCAUCCCUCCAACAGACGAGUACUUCAAUGAUGGAUUCCACUGUGACCUUGUAAACUUUGUCCCACAUGUGAGCACAGAUGUCAACUUGGCUGACUUUGGCAACUGUCAGAAUCUGAGAAUCAUUGAAGACAAGACUGUGAAUGUCACCAACCACACCAAGGGCAAGGUCACAGUGCAGUGGAUGGGAGAUGGCAGUCACAUGUUCUCGGUCUACCCCACCGUCAUGGACAUCCCACCCCUCAAGAGCUGCUCCUUCCGAGUGUCAUUCAAGCCGAAUGCCCCGAACCAGCUGUACGGAGCCGAGCUGGAGUGUUUUGUGUUCUACAAGAGUCUGCGUGACUAUCGUCUGGUAGAGGAUGUCACCCACUGCCCGCCAUGGUGUCUGACUGUCAGCUGUACAGGCCACACCUUCAUGCCCAACAACGAGACCUUCCUGCCUCGCUAUGACGUCAACAGCCCCAAGUUGGUGUUCCCUGCAGUCAAUGCCAAGGAGUCGACGUACCGCACACUGUGUGUCCGGAACAAGGGCACCACGCCUAUACUGUUUGAUGUGGAGAAAGACCCCAGCAGCACAUUUGCCAUAAAGCCAGCUAAAGGUCUGUUGAAAGAAGGAGUACAGAUCUUCCUGGUGAAGUGUAAACCGGCUGAAGUGAAGACCUAUCACCAUGCGAUGGUUCUCAGACUCAACGAUAACGACAAGUACAGCAGGGCUCUACAGCUGUGUGGGUCAGCGGAGUCGGCCGAGGUACUGAUGGACUCCGACGGAGUGAUGUUCUUCAAGCCUACAUGUGUGGGGACAGCCUCCAAGAGGACAUACUCAAUCAAGAAUGUCUCCAGAAUACCCCUCAGGUUUGAGUGGAAGUUGAAUAAUGCAGACUCCAAGCUGCUGAAGGUUCAACCCGACUGUGGCAUCAUCCAUCCUAAUGAAUCACAGAGCCAGACAUGGUCGUUCAUCCCCAGGGGUGAGGAGAAGUAUGUGAUGAAGCCGAGCCUCAUCGUGUGGGGGCAGGGCUUCACCAACAACUCAUCUGGGGGCAAGAAGAAACAGUUUAAACUGCGAGCUGUUGGGGAGGGAUCCCUUGGGGAGAUCAUGGCUGAGGAGAAGUACUUUGACUUUAGUGACAUCGUCGUUGGCAGCUCUGCCUCCCACCACAUCACCCUGUACAACAACAGCAGCUGCAGCCUUCACUACCGGCUGCUGCUGGACCAGCAUGUGGAUGGCCCGUAUGCUGACAACAUCAUCAGGAGUGACAAGAUAGGCCUGGACCUGGAGACAAUGGAGGGAGUGCUGCCAGCCAGGUCCAGACAGACAAUACCCCUCACAGUGCGCCCACUCAGGAGGGUCACCUACCAGUACACUGUGUCCUACCAGCUCCUCACACCAGAAGGCACCGUAGCCCACGCAUCAGUGCAGGAGCCGCAGCAUCUGUGUCACAUCCUUGUGACGGGGGUGUUCCCCAUCAUGGCUGUCACCGACGCCCGCUGCUAUGGCAGCGCCAUCGGCAUCAGCAAGAAACAGCUAUGGAACCUCUUCUCUCUUGACAACAUGAACGUCUGCCUGGACUCGGACCCAUCAGCGGAGGAACUCAUGUACAACGUCUCCACCCGACACAGCCAUCGGCGCCGCCCCCCAGUGUACACCCGUGCUAUCCUGGACUUCAACUUCAGUGCAGCUCCCCUGGACAGUGAACCAUGUGUGGUCAACCUGAUGAUUGAAAAUACCGGCACUGUACCCACUGACUGGUCCUUCCUGUUCCCCUCAGACCUGCACCUGGAGUUGGAGUACUGGGCAGAGACUGGGGAGUUUGACGAGGACGAGCUCCACCAGAUGAAGGUGAUGGACAACAAGCUGUUCAGCAUCGAACCCAAGCGGGGCAGGAUGGCGCCGGGAGACACUCAGACAGUGACCUUCACCUACAACCACACCAUGUCUGGAACUGACCGUCUGCCUGUUCUGCUCAAACUUUCCAAGGGCAGGGAAAUCCUGCUGAACUUCAUUGGUGUGACGGUGGAGCCGGAGAGACGUUACAUCCACUUCCCCUCCAACAAGCACUUAUUCACUCCCGUCCCUGUAGGAGAGCAGAACAGCCCCAAACAGGUGUAUGAGCUGUACAAUGGGGGAGCUGUGCCAGUGAGGUACGAGUUUGACCUCACACCGCUGGACCUCAUCCGACAGGAGAACUUUGACCAGCCAAUCUUUGAGUGUCUGAACCCCAUCGGGGAGAUCCUGCCUGGAAGGUCCGUGGCCCUGGAGUGGAGGUUCUCUCCUUUGGAAGCCAAGACAUACAUGAUCGACGUCCCAGUCCACGUCCAUCACGGCGACACAGCCAUCAUCACCUUCACCGGGGUGGGGUUCGACAAGCGGGUGAUGGGAGACACCAUGCCGAUCACAGACCAGCACGAUCUGACCGGCGUACCGAGCGUGCAGAGUGUGGCUAUACCCGGACAGCUCGUGUACCUGUCCCGAGAACGUGUCUCCUUCAACAACAUGCCUCUCUUCAGUCUGGCCCGCCAGAUGGUAUUUGUCAUCAACAGAUCACAGCAGCGGCCAGUGUCCUUUGAAUGGCAUGUCACGUCUCAAGCAGACAGCAAGUGUCUCUCCAUCUCCCCGGUCAGGGGUCAGCUGGAGCCUGGGGGUAUCGGGAUGUGCCGAGUUACCUUCCUUGCUGCUGGGGUGCCAUCAUUCUAUGACCUCGAUCUCGUGUGUGAGGUGACAGAUGAGUAUGAAAUGGGGGAGUACAAGAAGAGUCUAGUUGACUGGGAGGCGGAGAAGGAACGUCAGAAGCAGGAGUUUGUCAUCACAGAGAAUGACCUCAAUGCUGACCUCAGACUGGCUGAUGAUGUGGAGGUGGUGGAACGUCCUUCAUCCCGCCUCCAGUCUCUGGACGACUACCGGUCAACGCCAAGCCCAGAUGGGGAACUGACCAGAUACAGGACACUCCCUCCCAUCAAGCAGAAGUCUUCUGAUGAGGUGAAGGCGGAAGAAAGACGGAGGAAGAGGAAGGAGAAGGAACUGUGGGAGAAGCCAGUGCCACCCCGCCCCUUCCUGCUACACCUGGGUCUGACGGCACGCACACAUGACGUGCGAGAGUUCCAGGAGAACUUCCCCGAUGACUACAGGAAAUACUACAUAGACAGAUCGCUGAGUGAGAAGCUGGGCAAGGCUGUUGAGAGGAAGCAGGAGCAGAUGGCUGCCAUCACAAACACCAUCCACUGUAACCAGGCCGAGGCCAACAUCAUCUCCGGCGUCCUCAGCAAUGUCCUCAGAGGCCUGCUGGACGAUGCAUACUUCCAUGAAGCAGUCUGGAAAGUGGCCAAGGAAGAUAUCCCCUACUUCAGACAAUUUGGUCAGCGGCCAAAGACGGCGCCACCUUCUGCCAAGGAAUCUGAGAGACAAGUGGGGUCCAGGCACAGUUCAGCCAGGGGGACACCUGUCAGGGAGACCAGCAGCCGAGAGGGGGGUAGUCGGGCAUCACUUGUGUCAGUGGAGGAUGGUGCAAGGGGGACUCCUAACAGUGUGGAGAGCAGGAUGUCGUCAAUCAGUCUACACAGCCAGAAGGGGUCCGUGACAGCUGGAAGUGUGCAGUCCUCAGUCCGAUCAGCAGCUCCAUCACAGCAUCCGUCCCGCACCGACUCCAGACGAGCAGUGCAGCUCGAGAAGCAAACACACCAGAAACAGACCAUCAAGAAGACAUCAGAGUUUGGCAACUCCCUGGAAUCGGUGCUGGAGAACACCCUCUUGAACAUCAUGACUGAGGCCUUUUCAGGGGAAUUCAACAUCACAGCUCGUCCUCGCUUCAUCGCUCUUCCUAAACGCCCUUCUUCAGUCGGCAGUCGGACUGGACGACUCUGAACAUCCACAGUGAUGAAUCACUGUCAACCCAGUAGAUUUCAGUAUUUUGUACGAUUGGAGAAACGCGGAACAGUAUUGAUUGAAACUUCUGGAUUGGAAGUUUUCUUGAAUGUGAUGUAUGAACUUGAAACCAAGGGGUGAAAUGCUUUUGAGUUUGUCAGUGUACAUCUUUUGUGUAAUGAUAUUGUAUAGAAACAUUUUGGAAUGGACCCAAACUGUAGUAACAGAAUAUCAUCAAAUUGUGGAAAUGGAUAUUCCUUAAAACUACUUUUGUAUUGUAUGACUUUUAGACAUGAUUGCAUAAUUUUGGAUGUGGUUAAAGUAUAUUUCUGUUACAUUAUAAUUUGUUUCCAGAAUCUUUUCUGUCAAUUUUCUGUUUUUCUAACAUUGAUCUAGGACUGGAUUAGAAAUCAUGAUUUUAGUUCCAUAUUACAUGAUAAUUUCUUUGUUAAAAUAUUUGUAUUGGUGACCUAUAAAAAUAAUUAUUUAAAUCUGAACAACCGAUUGUCUGAGAAUGUAAACGUAUACUGAUCAUGAAAACUGACAUUUUAUUCGAAAUAAGAAGAGUGAACUAUGUGUAACUUUGCUUUACAAAAUGUAUGUGAUAAACAUCAUACCUAUGACUGUAUUCAUGGUGAUAUUGUGUCAGUCAAGUUUUGUUUCCAAUCCCCAGUUGACUUGUACAGCAUUGUGAUAUUGAAGUCUGUGAUACGUCCUCGCUAGUAUUCCUGUACAUAAUAGUAUUCAGUCCUAUUACACCCACGAUCCGUCCAGUUUGUGUGUAGAGUGAGGAAGGAAUAAACAACUACCAUUAA